AUGGGGAGCGAAUCUGUCGUUUUGCCAGCCUUAGAAGUUCGAAAUGCUGAUAAACUUAUAAUUUAUAGUGGAAACUUGAUGAAACAAGCGAACAUCAAUUCUAUUAUAGCAUCAGACAAAAUAAAGGAUCAUGAACUGAUAAGCUCGCUUGAGGAAGUUCUGUCUGCAAAUCCAUCACAAGUAUUUGACCACACUCAUGGUGUGAUAGAAAUAUCAGAUUCGUCUAAACAUUCACCUAAACCUUCUGACGAAAGAGACGACCACGAAAUUACAGUAAAACUAUUUUAUCUAUCACAAUUGUUCACAUCAUCUUAUAUUACCCAAUCGCUUUAUUAUUUGUUUCGAUUGCUUGGUAUUGAGUCA